AUGUCAGAACCGCUCACCAAAGUUGACUCUGCCGUCCAAGGCCUCUCUUCGUCCCCAAAGGACACGAAGGAUGUUAAGGCUGCCCACCGGAGGCAGAGCUCCACUGCGGCUGGAGUGAUGAAUGUCAAUGAUCUCGAGGCCCAGGGCAUCGAGCUCAAGAUUGCCAAAGAGACCCAGAAGACGGGCUGGAAGAUAAACACGUCGCCUACCUCGAUUGAUGAAAGGGAAAUCCUGAAGAAGUUCCUCACGACACCCCCGGUCAAGAAGAUUGACCUCCGCUUCCCCCUCGGGCUCGAGGUAACGGCACGGAACCUCAAAGGCGUCACCAUCAAGGAUGCACUGGAUGCAAUCCACAAGCCAUACAAGAAGCGGGCGGAUGACGAAUUGGACCAGCCAUACCUUGCAGGUUUCGAAUGGGAUAAGGAGGAGUCGUGGACUCGACUGAUGGUCCACCUGCAGAAGGAUGCCGGCGCACCCGCCCCCUCUUCGAAGAAGAAGAAGAAGGGCGGCGACGAAUAA